UCAAAUCAGUAUAACUCCAAAUCCGGUCGGUUAAGUUAACCCCUUUCCUCGAGUUUUUUGUUUGUACUUCCAAAAAAAUUAAUUUAGAACUUCUACCGUUUACGGCCGCCUUGUUGCUGCACAAUCGAACACAGACAAUGGGGUUAGAUCACAAGCCUGGUGUGGAAGAGCUCAAAGCAGCCGCAUGGAAGGAGGCUCGGAGAGACGGGAUGUUUGCUGGCUUGACGUCGGGCCUGGCAGGAGCACUAGUCGGCUCAAGAUUUAUGGGCUUUGGCCGGAACAAAACUAUUAUCAGUGGUGCUUUGACGGGUCUGUUAUCCGGUUACUUCUUCACCCAGGCGUUCCUUUCCUCCAACAUGGCUCAAUUGAGAUCAAAAUCUGUCUCGUCAGACACUGAAACCGAUCUCUGGCCCCCCAAAUAAUUCGGAAGGCCAUCAUUAUUAACCUGCGUGGUAAGGAACAAGUCCGACAUGAAAGCCCUCAUUGUCAAUGCCUUUGUAGGACGGAAAAGAUCCAUGCGUAUCUAUCAGACUGGUAUCCGUCUGAUUCAUCCAGCCGUGAUAUGAUUCCUACACAUGCCAUUCUGGUUGCAGUGGUGAUGGAUUACUCCGGGAUGAACGCUAAAUACUUUCGUAUGAAGUUAGCUCGUUUCGUCACACUGACCAACCUAUUUCUGAGCUGCACCGGUUGAUUAUGGUGAGAACGUGUCCAGAACUUAAGUCUCGUUACAAUGAG